CUUGAUCGUGUUAGCCCAAGUCUUAAUACAGCUGACACUCGACUGUCAUUUCAUAUGUGGAAGAACGGACGAAAGGACACGUAAGACAUUGGAAAAAAGUGCUUAUAAUAGUCUAAGCUGGGGCUUCUACAGAAUGUUUUAUUCGGUCCUAUUUGCGUGUGCAGUUGGAAUGGUUUCUGCUGCAAAUCCAGUGUACCUGAAAUCCUACCUUCAACCAAAUGAUGAUGUUGAUAGAGCCACGUUCCUGAAUUAUACAGCAGAUAGCGUUAUCUGUGCUCGUGAAUGUGUCGCAGGACAGACACCCAAAAUCUGCUACUAUCAAUGGACGGUAGAAAAUUACGCAACUCUUUCCGAUGCGUGCAGAAAUUGCCCCAAGAAUCUAACGGACUGCUACAACAACCAAUGCAUUCCAGCCGACGGCUAUGAGAGGGGUAUUCUGUCCAUAAACAGAAAGUUCCCAGGGCCGUCUAUAGAGGUAUGUCUUGGUGACCGAGUGAUUGUGGACAUAACGAACAACAUGGCUGGGCGAACCGUGGCCAUCCACUGGCACGGAGUGUUCCAGCAAGGCUCCCAAUUCAUGGACGGAGUUCCCAUGUUAACUCAGUGUACCAUCCACGAGAGUAACACGUUCCGGUAUGACUUCAUUGCCAACAACGAGGGCACACAUUUCUGGCAUUCCCACGACGGUUUGCAGAAGCUUGACGGUUUGGAAGGUAACUUGAUAAUCAGGUCACCUAAGGAUUACGACCCGAACGGCAACCUCUACGAUUUCGAUCUGCCGGAACAUAAACUGUUUAUCAGCGACUGGCUGCACCUGCCAGCAGACGACCACUUCCCAGGUCUCCUGAGGGCAGAUUCGGGACAAGACGCCAACUCCUUCCUCAUUAACGGGAAAGGACGCACCUUGAUUGGAACUCAAUCAACCAUCACACCAUACGCGCAGAUAAACGUGCAGUCUGGUAUGAGGUACCGGUUCCGUAUUAUCGGCGGUCUGUGUACCGUCUGCCCCACUCAGCUCACCGUUGAUGGCCAUAAAAUGCUCGUUAUAGCCACCGACGGCAAUCCUGUAGCGCCAAUGCGGGUCGACUCUCUCAACAUUUACUCAGGAGAGAGAUACGACGUCGUAAUAGAAGCAACAAAUUCUCCGGGACCCUACUGGAUCCACGUGAAAGGCCUUGCGACCUGCGUUGUCGGAAGAGUGUACCAGUUGGGAGUGUUGCAGUACGAAGGCGCAACCACCAAACUGCGUGCUCUGCCAUAUGAUCCUGGAUACGACGGUUUCCCACCGACAGCAAACUACAGGGUCCUAAACCCCGAGAAUGCAACCUGCAGUAGCGGGUCGAACGGAGUGUGCAACACGCAGCUUGUAAACCCGUUCCCCGUGCCGAAAAACAUCCUGAAGCAGCUCCCGGACUUCAACUUUCUUCUCACGUUUGGGUUCGAAAGCUUGAACCCAAACGCUUUAUUCAAGUCAUAUGACCGAUACUUUGUGAGCCCAGACCUCGACCUACUCAGCAGUACGAUGAACAACAUCUCGUUCGUCGCACCCCCAGUACCGCCUCUCACCCAGUCCGAAGACAUACCAGCCGGGGCGCUCUGCCCGGUCGAUGCUAACGGCCUGCCGCAAUGUCCCGGGGGACAGUCCUACUGUGCGUGUGUCCACGUUAUCAAAAUUCCACUCGGUGCCUUGGUGCAGAUUAUCCUGUCGGACGACUCACCCAGAUCUGACCUGAAUCACCCGUUCCACCUACACGGAUAUGCAUUUUACGUUAUGGACAUGGGUCAGUACGCAGAAGGGCAGACACCUCAAAACCUUCUUAAGGACCUGAACAGCAACGUCAGAACAGUUUCAACUGCGCCAAUUCUUAAAGAUACCAUUGCUGUUCCAUCCGGAGGCUACGCGGUCAUCAAGUUCAAGGCGAACAACCCCGGAUACUGGUUCCUCCAUUGCCACUUCCUGUACCAUAUUGCGACCGGGAUGUCUGUCGUCCUCCAAGUGGGAGAGAAAAGUGAUGUCCCUACUCCACCAACCGGUUUCCCCAAAUGUGGAAGCUUCACGCCUCAAGUGUAUACCAACUAAAUUCCAGCAACCUUGCAAACCUAUAAUAUUAUUGAUACGUUUGUAGAAUAUAUAGCAAGUAAAAUAAAUAAAAAUAAGUUUCAAGAUGAA